AUGGGUUCGUUGGUUGCGGUCGAAAUAUGUCUGUACUUGGACGAGGAGCGCAACAGUCAGACCGGGGUGUGCGGCAAGUGCAGCGGGCCGUUGCUGGAGCAGGUGCGUGACGACGGCGACGGCAGCAGUUCGAGCACCAACGCGGACGAGCCGUCGCCGCCGGCGUCCAGCAGCAGCCCCAGCAAGCUCAGCCUGUCCACCAGCAAGUACCAAACAAGCAGCAGUAAAUCGGCGACCCCGAGUGGAAACACCGGCGGCGGCGGCGGUGGCGGCAAGAAGACCGGCUUCCCGAGAGACAGAGAUCCGGUUAUUGAAGAAACGCUGCAGCGUCAACGAUCGCUGUUCAAUGAACAAAUCCUGACGUACAUCAAAACCCUUGAAGAACGUUUGGCCCAUGGAACGAAUAAGCGUGACGGCAGAACAUCUGCGACGGAUCACCUCCAACACCAGCAAGUGCAGGCGAAUCGCGAUUAUCUGAGAUCCAUCAGCCUGGGGAUGGACGCUAAUUGCGACUUUUUGGGACCUGGAAGCACGGGCACAGGGUCGGACAUAGAGUUCGUCGAUGGUGACUCCGAGUGCACGUUUCCGUUGUCCCGCCCGGAAGCCGUGGUGAAGGCUAUGCGAGUGCUGGAAGUGCACAAGCAGUUAGAAAAGGAAGAUCCUUGCGGGUCUGAGUCCCCUCAAUGUUCUGCAAACACUGCUGCAAAUGCUGGGAGUUCAUCAACUGGUUCCAGCAGUGUCCACGAGUCCAUCAGCAAAGACCACCAGCAGCAGAAGUUGGGCGACGAGGAGAAAGCCCUGCUGCGAGAAAUGUGCAACGUAAGAGCACCAUUUUCUCACACCUAUGUUUAUACAUACGCUCCUUAUGACGAAGAUGGCGAAAACAAACGAUUAGUCGAGGAGAAUUUGAAAUUUUAG